AUGAAUGUCAUUAAACGGAGGAGAUCGCCAUCUUGCGGUUCCCGCCUAUCUGCACAGUAUAGAGACAGUCACGCAUCCCGUUUAAGACACGACAGGAACCGUAGCUUAUCUGAAGACCGAAAAAGUGAACAGCGAAGUACAUCCAGUUCUCCGACUAAAAAUUUUACUAGAAGUUUAUCGUCUAAGCAACCUUCAUCAAAUGAUAGUGCACCACAAUCACCCGAAAGAGGCUCAGAUGCCCCAAGUCGAACAGCAAGGAAAUCUUCGAAUAUAUGUAAAGACGUCAAAGAAAAUUUUGCAACUUCAUCUAAUAAUAUUCGAGUGGACAAACCGAAACCUACUUCUGGUUACGGAAAACCAUUGAUGACUUCGAUCUAUAAAAAGUUAACUCUACGACAAGAAAUCUACUCAAGAACAUCUUUGGCAGCAAGCGACAAAUCACCGUCUCGUCUCGCUAGAUCCCGACCACCUACACCGAGCAAAGAAAACAAAAACACCCCGAACGCAGCUGCUUCAAUUGCACGUGAUACGCGUCAACAAAGAGCGUCUAUUAAUACUGUAUCCGGAAGUAGGAAAAAAGUCCCUAUUAUUUCUACUACUUCCAGCUUGAGAUCCGAUUCUAACUGCUCGAAUACGAAAACGAUGCUUCUAACCAAACCCAUUAAGCAAAUAAUAAUGCAACAGAGGAUUAGCUCAAGUUCGAAAAGACAAUCAUUGGACACAAAUGAUGAUGACGCGUCUUCGUCAAAGAGGCAAUUUAGCAAAAUUCGACUACCAGUUGUUAAAAAACGUAGUUUAUCAAGGGAAAAUAUUAAAAAUGUUGAAGCUGUUAUAAAAUCAACAUGUUCUUCUCGUGAUAGUUUAAAUGCAAGAGCUAAGGUAUCCUCAACUAGCAGAGAUGUUAAGGCAUCACCAAUAAAUGGAAAAAAAACUACAAAUCAAAGUAGUAAAAGUUUUAAGCCACAGUUAGAAGACAUCAAAAGUUCAUUAUUAUUACUUAAUAAAACAAAAUCUGAAGAAAACUAUGAAAUUGAUAAAAUGUUUUUGUCAAAGUUACAACCAAUGAGAGGCAAACAAAGAAAUGAGAAAUUACUAGAAGUAAUAAAGAAGUAUAAGACUAAAAAGUAUUGGAAUGAUUCAAGUACGCACUAAAAAU